AUGUCCAACGAUAAAAAACAAUCUGGUUUAGCCCGCGUUUUGGGCUCAGCUUCGGCUGGUAUUUUGGAAAUUGGUGUUUUCCACCCAGUGGACACAGUCUCGAAGAGACUGAUGUCUAACCACACCAAAAUCGCGUCUUCCGCGCAGCUGAACACUGUCAUAUUCCGUGAGCAUGCCGGUGAGGCUUUGGGGAAACGUUUGUUCACGUUGUUCCCCGGUUUGGGCUAUGCAGCUUCCUACAAGAUUCUACAAAGAGUUUACAAAUAUGGUGGCCAGCCCUUUGCUAACGAAUUCUUGAACAAAAACUUCAAGGCAGACUUCGACAACGCUUUUGGCGAAAAAACAGGUAAAGCACUUCGUUCGGCCACCGCAGGUUCUCUUAUCGGUAUCGGUGAGAUCGUGCUGCUGCCGCUAGAUGUCUUGAAAAUCAAAAGACAAACAAACCCUGAAUCUUUCAAGGGCAGAGGGUUUGUUAAGAUCUUGAAGGACGAGGGUUUCGGCUUGUACAGAGGCUGGGGCUGGACUGCCGCCAGAAACGCACCUGGGUCCUUCGCACUUUUCGGAGGUAACGCUUUCGCGAAGGAAUACAUUUUGGGUCUCAAGGAUUACUCUUCGGCCACAUGGUCCCAGAACUUCGUUUCCUCUAUUUUCGGUGCUAGUGCCUCGUUGAUCGUUUCCGCCCCUCUCGAUGUCAUCAAGACCAGAAUCCAAAACAGACACUUCGACAACCCAGAGAGCGGAUUCAAAAUUGUCAAAAACACUUUGAAAAACGAAGGAAUCACGGCUUUCUUCAAAGGUCUUACUCCCAAGCUUCUCACUACCGGCCCCAAGCUAGUGUUUUCGUUCGCGUUGGCACAAUCUUUGAUCCCAGCCUUCGACAAACUAGUGAGCAAAUGA